AUGUGUCUGAACGUGUUGCUGAAGGUUAUACGAUGUGCUGCACUCUUGCGAGCACAAAUGGCAGGUGAAAGAAUGGCUUGUGAGCUUAAUUUUGCUCAAAUUUUUGCUGUAUUUCAGUUAUUCUUUGCCCAUUAUAAAAAUUCUCAAAUCAUGCUCAUAAUCAGUUUAGAUAGCUUGCCAGCAUCUUUGUCUCUUCACACUAUCAUUUGCUUUUCCAUAUAUUAUGUCAGUGAGCCUCAAUGGAAUCUAGGUAGCUUCAGUAGUCAGGCAAUUAUAUUGCUCCCAGAAAACGCCAACAAAACAAUGCUUAAAACCUGUCCAAAUUUGGACCCUGAUUUCUUUUGGUGUGAUACACUCUAA